GGUCAGCAAACAUGCUAAGACUUUUGCUUCAUCGGCCAUUCUGAGAGACAAUGGGAAGGGCCAUUGAACGUGGGAGCACCAGCUAGGCCCAGAUGGCGACCCAGACAGCGCGGCGCGAGGCUACAUGUUCUGCGAUAGCUCCUGGACUAUCGACUAAACCACCUUCUUUCUCCUGGCGAGAUGCGAUCGCCGGACGAACUCCAUGCGAGGACGAUGAAGCGUUCAAACAUCCCACCAAGUCUAGGGACCGUUGCGUAGUCUCAGCCAAGCGCAGACGCGUCAAACGACAACCACCAUGCGGCUCCGACCAACCUGUCGCGCCCUGCGUCGGAAGAUUCCUGUCGGAGCGUGUUCACACGCCGAAAGGACUGCCACGAUCUAAGACAUCGCUACUGCCUCGACGCCCCGUCGCGUGCUGUUUUGGCUUAAAGGGAAAGCUGGCGUGCGACCGUUCACGACUGCGCCUUUCUCUUCUAAAGUCCGCGGAAGUGCGCAAUUCCUGCCUGUCGGAGACGCUAGAAAAUGCACCUCGCCGUUUGCUGGGCGCGCAAAUAUGGGGAAGGUUCGGUUGGUAUGCAGCCACCAUUGGAGUUGGUAAAGAGUGCCGCAGAAAGCUCGUGGACGGCGACCUUGAGUAGGAUCCUGUACUACGUUGUCCGCCGCUGAGAAUGGCCUGGAUGUGGGGGAAGCGGUGAGAGCUAGUUGUGCUGUUGGAGUCUUCAAUCCCGAGUGCGCCAACGCGCGGCAUAGGGCGGC